GCAUGAAGGUUCAGCCACCCUGGACAACAUUCAGAGAACCUGAAACCACUACAGACACACGAGAUGAGGUUUGACACUGUCAAUGACGAAAGAAGACAAACUAAGAAGAACAACCCUCAGAAAACGGACACAGACACAAAGCUGAACAAAUAAAAAGAAUUUGAUGAGAAACAACGCAGGUGAAAAGCACCUGUGAUUCAAGGAUUUGAAGAUUCAAGUCAAGAAGUACAAGAAAAGAGAAACAGAGAUGAUUAUACUGGCCACUAUUGUGAUAUUGAUGUGUGUCACUGCCAGCAGCACCAAGAACGGGUCUGAGAUGAAUUGUCGUUCAUUGAUCAGAGUGCCACGAAACACAGUGUUUCUAGCUCCUGUUAUGAGCGUGUUGAAGAUAAACUGUUCUGUAACUCUACAUGGAUGUCAAAGGAAACCAAGAGUCUCAUGGUGCAAACUCUUUGGAGAGGACUGUAAAGCUUUAAAUGAUUCAAAUCACAUCAGAACUGAGUGGAAGAACAUCACAGAACAGGAAGGGAUGGCUUUCCUGGUUUUCCUGAACAUCUCAAUGGAGGAUGCUGGUUUCUACAGAUGUAAAGAAGGCGACAUGUCUAUAGGCCAUGCUAUUAAUGUGACUGUGACAGCUGAUAAUAUGAAUGAAGAGUUUUCACUCACUCACAAUAACACAAUACCUACAACAGUACAUGAUCUAAAUACACCUCCAAACGAUGGUCUGCAGUGGUUUUGGUAUUUUGUAUACAUCUGCAGUGGAAUAGUGGGGCUGGUCUUCAUAGUUAUGAUCAUAUCAUUUCUUUAUAUCUGUAGACGCCAAGGGAGAAAGUCUCCAAGAAAAUAUAUGGCAAAUAAAAAUCAGUACAUGGAAACACACAAAAAAGGCCUGCUUCUUCCUCCCUAUCUCUAUCUGAACUCAGACGUGCUGACUUCUGUUGUAUACCAUUUUUAAGAAACUAUGCUUUCAAAGAAAAAAAGGUACAAAGCUGUCACUGGGGUGAUGCCCUAAGUUACAAAAGCUAAACUGUACAUCUUUGUACCCUGUUUACCCUUAUGGUACAUCUACUUCAUAGGUACACAUUAGUACUUUAAACAUACAUACGUACUAAACCUUCAUAAAGGGUACGGCCCCAGAGACAGUUUUGUACAGUGCAGCUGUGCACUGAUGCAGAACAGCAUCAGAAGAACAGAAUGUUAUUUAAUAUGCUUCUGAAUCAUCAGUCGAUGUGAAGAGAUCUUUUUUUUUUCUGUCCGUUUGUUUGUUUUUUCGUCAUUCAGUUAUUAAUGUUCAAUGUAAAGAUUAAGUUACUGUUAAGUUACUGUAAUGCUUCAGAAAUCCGGUUAAUAUCUUGCAGUUCAGAUUACUUUAGAAGUAUUAAUAUGACCAACUGUGGAAAGCAUUACUCCAUAGUUGCUUCAGAAAUAUUGUGCCAUUGUUUUUGUGAUUUGCUGAUUAAUACAUUUUUCUUUAAUAAAUUCUUCUUAAA